GUCAGAGACAGACGGAGAGACGGAAAAGAAGUUCCAUCACCAAAAGUGCAUCAUCUUAUUUUUUGUGUGGAUUUUUGUGUUUGAUAAUCGUGCUAAAAUCGUAUCGAAUCAGUUCCUAGUGUCGGCAGUCGUAUCGGUGUGAAAACGAACGGGAACGUAACAAGUGAAUCGGAUGUCCCGGAUUUUGCUACGACCAUGAAGACAGUGCUCUGUUGGAGCCAUUCUCGAUACAAUCUAGAAGGGGCUAGCAGUGCUUCUGACGACGACAAGGUAGUUCGAAGACGAGUGUGACGUCUGCGACUUCGUAAUGUCCGUCCAAAUCCGUCGACGGCGAAAGAUUCUAUGAUUGUGCGGUGGGAUGAUUAUUGGAUAAAGUUCAUAGCCGCAACUGAUUAUUGGAUGUGAAGAGUUUUGUGUUCGUUUUUACCAUAUCAACCUGAAGUGUUUUGCACAAAAUUCUGUGCAAUUUGAUAUCAUUCAGUGCCCUACGGAGAAGAACCAAGAAGAUAGUGCUGGAACAAAAGUCGCUCCUCUAGAUGUGGAUCCUACUGCCAGUCAGUCAGUGAGUCAAAACAUACAACCAUCAUAUAGUGUGUCGCGUGUCGUAGUGGUCACCGUGUGGUAGGUAGAAGAGAGAAGGAAACAAAAUAGAGUGUGCCUUGCCCACAACCUACUGUGGAGCCAAAACUGUGUUGAAGAAAAAAAUUAUCUAACUGCCACACAACGAAACCAAACGUAAACGGCAGCAGAGUGGCAGCAGUGCAGCGCCACGGCGCAUACAUAAUAAGAAAAGAGCAAUUCAUAAGAGGACCGAUCCUACACGCAACGCGCCAGCAACAACACCAGCAGAGGCCCCGAUAGCGGCGGCGGCGGCGGUGCCCCGAUGAAUACGACGCUGGCCGACGGCGGCAGUACGGAAUGGUCCACUCUGCACUGCAGCAAAGAUGCACUGACCGACUUUUUCGGUUGGUUCCUGCAGGGCAUCCUGGCCACGCUGGCCUUCACGUGUCUGAUCGGUAAACGUUUCUGCGAACCCCUUUACAACAGACGAUCAUGGGAAACGUGGUGGUACGAUACGUCGAAGCAAGGUAUCGGUGCCAUGGUGAUCCACAUGACCAACGUCUAUCUGGCCCCGCUGUUCCAGGGGGACCCCUGUACCUGGUAUAUUAUUAACUUCCUACUGGAUUCCACUAUCGGCUUAUUCAUCAUUUACAUUGGCAUUAAAACCUGUCAGUAUUUGGCGCGGAAGAAGAAAUGGGAUGCGAUCA